UACCCAAUAUCAAAUCAGGCCUCCAAAAGGAGAGCAAAAGGAAGACACAGUGUUCACUGUUCAGUAAUCAGUAUAGGAUCCAUGUGCCAAGCUGGGUUCUUUUCCAAUUUUCACUUCUAAAAAGAGUUCAUUUUGCUCCCUUUUCUUGAGCAUUACAUAAAGCUCCAGUUUUCUUCUUUCUCCCUUAUGCUUUAGUUAGGGGUGUUGGUUGAAGUUGGUGAUGGCUGACCAAGGUGGUGACAGUGUUGUGACGAGGGAAUACAGGAAAGGAAACUGGACGGUUAAUGAAACAUUGGUAUUGAUUGAGGCAAAAAAGAUGGAUGAUGAGAGAAGAAUGAAGAGAAUUGAAGAGAGUGAAGGAAGGAGAAAACCAACAGAGCUGAGAUGGAAAUGGGUGGAAGAUUAUUGUUGGAGAAAAGGGUGUUUGAGGAGCCAAAACCAGUGCAACGACAAGUGGGAUAAUCUCAUGAGGGACUACAAGAAAGUGAGAGAGUACCAAAGGAGAAUAGCUGAUAGAGGAGAAGAAGGGACUAACACUAGUGAAGCCACUUCUUAUUGGGAGAUGGAGAAGAAUAAAAGAAAACAAAAGAAUUUGCCUAGCAACAUGUUGCGCCUCAUAUAUGAGCGUGUGGAGGAGGUGGUGGAGAAGAAAGGAGAUCAAAGGGUGGUGGCUGGUGGUGGUGGUUCAGGUUCCAUUCUCAAUACACCUUAUGCUAUGGACAGACCAGUUACCAGUGUGCAAACUUCAUUGACUCCUCUAUUGCAACAUCAACUUUCAGCUCCCGUUCCCACUGCAAUUCCAUUAAGUCUAUCAGCACCGCCUACAGCUGCUCCUGCAUCACUAGUACAACCACCUCUCCUUUCAUGUGCUCAGCCAUUGCCCAUAAUGUGUGAUAGCUCAGAUUCUGAUACAAGGGAGUAUUCAGACUCACCAGCAAAGAGGAGGAAAAGAGGAGGUAAUGGUGAAGGCACCAGUGGGAGCACAGCAAGUGCAAACAAGACAAAUGAAGUGGGCACUGCAAUCUCUAAAAGUGCUUCCAUUAUAGCAGAAGCCAUCCGGGCCAGUGAGGAGAGAGAGGAGAGAAGACAUAGAGAUAUAGUUAAUUUGCACGAGAGAAGACUAAAUAUGGAGGAAUCCAAGACAGAGAUCAACAAAAGAGGCCUUGAUGGCCUAGUCGACGCCAUUCAUAAGCUCGCUAAUUCCAUCCGUGCUUUAGCUUCCCACGAUAACCAGUCAGCUCCCAAGUGAAGUCCUAUUCACUGAUUGAUUAGAAAAAGAAAAAAAAAACUGCCCAUAAUCACAUUAAACUGGUAUUUGUUUAUACCAAUUGUUAAUCCCCCACUCGUGACCUAUAUUUUAUGUUGCACUCAUUCUAAUCAUCUGUUUUCUUUCAUUUCAAGUGUUUAAACUCUCGUAUUUUAUGUAUAA